UCGGCGGGAGAUUGGGUCUCGCGAUGCGCGUGUGCGUGUGCGUGCGCGGUCCUCGCGAGCUCGCGCACGCCGCUCCUCGCCGUACGGGGCUGUAGCGGCCUCUUCCUCCUCGGUCCCGAGAAGGACCGUGUGCAGUGGUUGAAGUCUGAGCUGGGGAUCAGGGUCGGCGUCGCCGCCGCUGCCGCCCUCGCUGCCUGUCCUUCUCUCUCGGGCUCUCCGUGCAGUGCAGAGGCGCCGGGCUGGGAGGGGAGCGGUGCCAGCGUGAGGAUCCCAGCCGAUGGGCAGCCCCUGGACGCGCUGAGGGGCCGGGCUACUAGCGGCUGAGAAAAUGAUGCAUCCCGUUGCCAGCAGUAAUCCGGCUUUCUGUGGGCCUGGCAAACCUUCCUGUCUCAAUGAAGAUGCCAUGAGAGCUGCUGACCAGUUUGACAUAUAUUCUUCCCAGCAAAACAAAUACAGCCACACCGUCAGCCACAAACCAAUGGCUUGUCAGAGGCAAGACCCGUUAAAUGAAACACACUUGCAGACUACAAGUGGCAGAAGCAUAGAGAUAAAAGAUGAACUGAAGAAAAAGAAAAAUCUCAACCGAUCUGGUAAGCGUGGCCGGCCUUCAGGAACCACCAAAUCAGCAGGAUACCGGACCAGCACAGGCAGACCCCUGGGAACCACCAAAGCAGCUGGAUUUAAGACAAGUCCAGGCAGACCUUUGGGUACAACCAAAGCUGCGGGAUACAAAGUCAGCCCAGGGAGACCUCCAGGUAGCAUUAAAGCUCUAUCCCGUCUUGCCGAUCUUGGUUAUGGCUGUGGCACUGCUGCUUUUCCUUACCCUAUGAUGCACGGUAGGGCAGUUCAUGGGGUAGAGGAAACUAGCAGUGAAAUCAAGCCACCCAAUGAGUGAAUGAGGCAGGAAAGGAGGGCCAGGUUUAGAAGGAAGAUUGUGAAUAAUCCCAAAGCUUCUUGGUUUCAUUUUGACAUACAUGAUUUUAUGGCCUGGGCUUUCCUAAUUUGUUUUCCCAUUUGAUUUUUUUUUUUUUUUCCGUGCUUUUGUUCAGAAACUGCCAUAUGCUGACAGAUGUACUCAGGGCAUGGGCAGUGGCAUUGUAUUUGUACAUAGGUUCAAGAAUAGCACCUGUCUAAAUCAUUUUGUUUUUCCUUUUGAGUUAUGGUUGUGUUUCGUAUUUCAUUACACUUUUGGGUCAUUCUAAAUAGAUGCUUUUUGUGCUAAACAGCUGAAACCAUUAUACCUGUUUGUGAAGUAAGCCUGCAGUAUAAUAAAGAUAAUAUCUAAGGUAAUUUUAACUGAUGGAACAAAGCAAACUAAUGAUUCAGAAUUACUUGAGCUAAUGGCUGUGAAUUUUUGUAACAUUUAUGUUCAUGAGAGGACACAUAUAUUUGUAUGCUUUGGCAUUUACAUAGACUUCCUUUGUUAAAAAUCUUAUUUUUAGUAUUCUAAGUUUAAGCAAUUUCCUAUUUAUUGAUCUACCUGGCAUUAAUUGAUUUAACCAUUAUUCUUAAAAAAAUUCUUUGGUGUUUUCAGCUAUGAUAGGUUGUGCAUUUUUUAAUUGCCUAAGGGCAUAUAUACCAAACACUACAAAUGGUUCAUAUUUACAAAAAAAUAAACUUUUUAAUAAAAACUGCACAUUACAUUUUUGGCGGAAAACAAUGCAUACUGAGAAUAGCAUAUUUAAUAUGAUAGAAAAAGAAACAUUCUUAAAGUCUGCAUGUAGCUAUAGUUACUACAUUUUGCCUUUCAUAUACUUAGUUUUAAAGCAUAUACUUAAAACACUUAUUAAUGUUCAUUUAUUAAGAGUGUUUUUAGUUUUUUUCUGAUAAAUUUUCUCAUUGCAUUAGCACUUACUGUGGUUUCAGGUCUAUAUCUACCAAAGGAUACAAACUGAAUGGUAGACUGUAAAACUGGUGUAAACAAAAUGCAGUUUUCUGACUGUCAGCACCCAAAUAUUAACAAAUAUAUAGGAAUUCAUCUAUGCAUGAAACAUGUAAGAACUUCUUUGGUCGGUUUGGUUAAAAAUCUCAUUGUGGCUCUAGUGAGACCACUUCAUCUAAAUAAAAAUUUUUUUCCAACAGUGUUUGCUUUAGAAGCAAGACAGGAAAGAAAAUAAGUAUUAGAUAGAUACAUAUAGUAGGGACAGGGAAAUCUCUUUCCCCUUUCUGAAAUUAAUAGUCUUUGUUAAUACACAUUUUAUUUAUUCUGAGUUUGUUCUAUAUAAACUAUUAUAAAUUUUGGAUUUGGAAAAAAAAUUCCACUGAACUUUAAAGUUACAAUGUAUGUAUUUGCGAGCUUAAAUGCCUUUGAGAUUAUAAUAUAGAUUUGCAGGACCCAAAAACUUUUAAAAUAAUUAAAUUUUUAAAAGGGCACAUACUGUGUUGUUUGGGCUUGCUCUCAGUUAAUGCAAACUCUGAUUGCAAAUGGAUGUCAUGUUUCGUACCUUUUUUAUCAGGAAAAAAGCAGCAAGCCUUCAGGUGUUCCAGUGAUGCCUGACUCAAUGAGCUGGACUUUAUGCUGCUCUUUACAGUAAGAGGUGUUGCAUUGUAUAUGGGGACUGUGUGUGCACUGGCAUCUAAGACAGUGACCUCAACAAUUUUAGCUUUGCACAAACCAUAGAGAACAAUGUUGGAUGACUACAUAAUCAGUUAUAACAUUCUGGCAGCUAAAUUGCUACAAGUUUCUUCUCGCUUCUCGCAGAAGCUUAAAAUUUAAAACUUUUAAUAAUUUACUCAGAACAGUAAAACUUCUGACACAUACAAAUGCUUAUAUCUAUAUUCCUGUGUUCAUCUAUCCAUUUUUAUUAUGUAUCUGUCAUUUAGCUGUUUCUCAAGAUGAUGUUCAGCAGUUGGCUCCUUAAAAAUCCUCUUUGGAGGAGUUACCUUGUGGCACAGUGGGUUAAGGAUCCAUGUUGUCACUGCAGUGGCUUUUGUCCCUGCUGUGAUGUGGGUUCGAUCCCUGGCCUGGGAACCUCCACAUGCUAAGGGUUUGGGCCAAAAAAAAACCCCCCUCUUCUGAGUUCCUAAAUCAGUUAUUUAAUUAAAUGUUCUUCUGAAGAAUUACAUUUAUCCCUGUCAAGGAUUUAAUUGCGUAUUGUGUUUUAUAGUAUGCUCAUUUUACAUUUCCCUUUCAGUUUCCUUUCCUUCCUGAUUUCGUUAUACAUACUCUGCCUUUCUCCCUGCCCUUUCCUCCAUUCAUUCCCCUCCCCCUUUGUCCACCCACCAGCACAUCUGCUCAGUGGUGCUGUGCUGUGUGUCAGAAGAUAAAGCAGGUGUGUUAUUGUAUAGUGAAUUUUAUAUACAUAUUAAUGAAAUGGUGAAAUCAACUAAAGGAAGUAUGUUUAUAACUGUUUAUUAAUAUCAGGAGCUUUGUCCUGGAGAAAAAGGGGAGCUAAUGGCUACUUUUGUGAAUGGAUAAUGUCACUUAAAGAGCUGAAAUUUCUGUUGACAUGAGUGGUUACCCGGAGUAUUAGAUCUGUAUGCUGAUGAGUGUCUCCUGAUUCCACUUCCUUUUCUCCUUGUGAACAGUUAUUGGUGCCAUGUUGAAAAGAAGACAUCUAAAUGAUACCAUGAAUGAAGUCUUAAAUGUUUUUACUUCUCUAUAAAGACUACAUUGUGCAUCUUUAGUAACACUGUCUCUUGUCAUGAUAAGCACUGAAAUAGCAUGUUAAACAGUUGCCUAUACUUUAAUAUAAUCAGUUGGGGAAAACCGGCCUUUCCCCCCCACUGUAUGAUUGUUCCUCUAAAGGUAAACUGCUAAUUUUAUAUUGUGUAAUUCUCUUCUUCACAAAAUAGCUUUCACUAUUCUAUAUUAAAACUGUUGGUCAGGAAAUGAUCUUCUAUUCAAGUAAGUUUGCUUUACUUUUUUUUAAAAAACGUUUUAACAUGCCUUAUUUAUUCUUCUUAUACUAACAAGUUAGGAGCUAAGACAGAUGAAGUUUUCAUUUUUUGACAGAUAUAACCUUGCAUAACUAAACUUUAGUGUGGGAUGAUUUUGAUACUAUCUUUGGAGUUUUGCACUGGACAUUAAAAAAAUACUAGCUCAGUUUAUUGGGAAAAAUCUGAUUAAUUUUUAAUAUUUGGGGUGCUUUAAAAUCAGGGUUUCAGUUAAACUAAAAAAUUCUUUAUAUUUUUUAUUUACUUCUUAAAAAUAUCUGUUAAAGUAGUAAAAGUGAUACUCAUUCCAAACUGGUGUUUGUGUGAAUUUACAUGUAUACUUUCAUGAAAUAAGAACAGCAUUUCUUUGAAUUAAGGAGGAAGAAAAAUGAUUUGGAUCCAUUUAUUAAGUUAAAGAUGAUUCAUCCAGUAUAAGAAAAACCAGUGUAUGAACUAAAGGAAAAAACCCAAUUUCUCUUUUAUAUUCUAAGAAGCUUUAAAAGAACAAUUCAGGGGAUGUUGACAAUAACUGCUACUCUGUCAGUCAUUGUCUAUAUAUGCAGUAAAAUUUUAUGGUCCCUUUAUAGUAAAAUGUAAGAAUUCAUAACAGUUCUUCAAAACAUCUUUUCCCUUAGACAUAAGAUUUUUUGAUGCUAUUAUGUUUUGUUUUUAUUACAGCUUAAUUAUAUGCUGUUAAACUCUAGGAUGUAUCUAAAUCUUCCUUUGCCCUUCUUACCUCCAAGUAGAUAAAUCUGUGCUCUCACAUACUAUGUAUUUAAUUUUUUGGAAAAUUUACUGCUAUAGUAAAUCAAGUGUGUGAUUUAUAAUAAUCCGACCACUUUUGAUUCUUUAAGUUUCACAGUUUCCUUUUUCCACAGAUAAUUAUGGAGAAAAUAAUUACCAAUUAACUGAUACAAGCACGCUGUCCUCUGCUGUAAAAAGUCUGAAUAGAUACUGUGUAUGUUUUUAUGUCCAUGAACUUGAGCUACUCGUGUGCAAUUAUGUGUAUGGGAAUGGAGUAGUGUUCAUGAUUUGUAUCUACAUCAUCAUAUGGAUGUAUAUUAUUAAUAAAGUCCUUACUUUAAAACCAA